UUAUGCCUUUUAAAUGGUUCAUGCCCUGUCAGGCACAAUGCUUAGUUGGGUGAUAACAGGCAACCAGAAAGUGGGACUAAACUGUGAGCAGAAACCUUGCACAAAGCUGCCAGUUUUGAGUUCAGCCUGUGAGCCUUCUGUGCUGCUUUCCUUGGAUGGACCCAGUGCUCCUGGAAUGGUCCUGUGGAGCCCAGCCAGGGCUCUGUGUUGGUGUCUGGGACAAUUGUCACACCCUUACAGACAAAUUCACUUAGAACACCCCUCCUGAAGCCUGGAAUUCUGCAAACUGUGAACUCACCUGUGGUUUCCUGGCAGCUCAUUCAGUGCCCAGGGUGUCAGUGCUUUGCUGGAGCUGCUGUGCCAUAAAUGUCAGCCAAAAGUGGGGCAUUACAGUGGUAGGAAGACAUUUGUGAAUAGCCCUGUCAAGGGCAGUGAUGUGCCAGACCUUGUGGAGGCAUGCACUGUGCCUGCCAGAGAGCUCACUGCUCUUGAAAAGGCAGGUGGACUCCAGAACAGAAAUGCUUCCUGACAGGAAGGUGUAUCCAUUGCUGACCAGACCCCCACAGAAGAGUGGGCUCAAGCCACUGCCUGUUGUGAUCAUAGGGAAUGGACCUUCAGGAAUCUGCCUCUCAUAUUUGCUGUCAGGUUACACCCCUUACUUCAAAAGAGAAUCUCUUCAUCCUAAUCCUAUUCUUCAGAGGAAACUGGAAGAGGCCCCAGAAGUCUCCAUUUUGGACCAGGAUCUGGACUAUCUGUCUGAGGGCCUGGAGGGCAGGUCCCACAGCCCCGUGGCUCUGCUCUUCGACGCUCUGCAGCGGCCGGACACGGAUUUCGGGGGGACGGCAGAGUCUGUGCUCAGCUGGUGGCACGAGCCCAGCAGGGCCAUCCCCCACCUGGUGCUGGGCAGGAACGCCCCUGGAGGGGCCUGGCACUCUAUAGAGGGUUCUAUGGUUACCUUGAGCAGAGGGGAAUGGAUGGGACUCCCAGAUCUGCCUUUCAAAGAAUGGCUAAAGCAAAAGAGAAGAGGCCUCAGAAACAACAGAGCCACAGCAGAAGACAUUGCUCAGUAUUACCAACACUAUGUGGUGAAGAAGGGGCUGCAGAAGAAUUUCAGAUGUGGCACUGUCGUGACCUCUGUGAGGAAAGUGAGUGCAGAGAGCACCUCCAGCCACACCCAGAGGGAUCUGCAGGAGGACAGUGGCUCACUCUGGAACUCCAGUGAACAGAGCACAGAGAUCUUUCAGGUGGAUGGAUUUUUCAAAACUGUGGAAGGUGACAAAGAGCCCUUCUCCAUCCAUGCAGAGAAUGUGGUCCUGGCCACAGGAACAUAUGACAGCCCCACCUGGCUCGGGGUCCAGGGGGAAAACCUUUCCUAUGUCCAUCACCAGCUGUCUGCCCUAGAAGAGGCAGUGAAGAACAACAGCAUUGGCAUCAUGUCAGACCCAGUCUUGGUUGUAGGUGCUGGUCUGACAGCUGCUGAUGCCAUUCUCUUUGCUCACCAUUGCAAUAUUCCAGUAAUCCAUGUUUUCAGGAGGCGAGUCACUGAUCCGGGUCUGAUCUUUAACCAGCUCCCCAAAAUGAUGUAUCCUGAAUACCACAAAGUCCAUCAGAUGAUGAAAGAACAGACAGCUGCUUGUGCUGGGCCUUAUGAAUGUUACAUCAGCCUUCCUGAGCAUCACGUGCUGUCCUUUGGCAAGGACAGGAAAUGCAUCAUUCAGGACAAGAAUGGCUGUCAGAAAGCUUAUAAAAUAUCCAUGGCUCUCGUUCUCACUGGCUCCAACCCCAACCUCUCCUUUCUGCCAAAUAAUGGCCUUGACUUGGCAAUGGACAGUGAGCAGCCAGUGAAUCCCAAGAGGAAUCCCAUAGAUGUGGACCCCUUCACCCACGAGUGCACCCAGGAGAAGGGGCUCUAUGCCCUGGGCCCUCUGGCAGGGGACAACUUUGUUCGCUUUGUGCAGGGAGGGGCUCUGGCUGCUGCCAGCUCUCUGCUGAGGAAAGCAAACAAAAACCCCCCCUAACAAACCCCCCAUGCCUGUACUAGCUGUGUCUGAAUGGGUCAGUGCUCUUUCCAUCGAGGAGCAGCUCAUCUGAUUUGUACAUCCUCAGAUCCAAAGCCCAUUCCUGGUGUUCUCCAAGGUUAUACAGAGAGUUUGGAAGUUCUUGCUGAGUUAUCUGGGAAGAUUAAGUCACCAAAUGCAGAGUGGGUUUCACACACAGUAGAAUCUUCAAUUCCUGGGACUUCAGCUCCUUUUGUGCACAGCUGUGCAUGGUUACUGGGACUGAAUCUUGUGCCUGGAAAAGCAGGGGGCAAGACAGGGGUUGCCUUUCUAUCUAAAACCCUCCAGGUGACUGAAAAUUGAAUUGAUGAUCAAUCAAUGUUAAUUAUUUUCAGACAGCAGGUUCCCAACCCUGCAUCUGUUGGUGUCUUACAGAGUUUCUUUCAUGAAACAAAGUAAGCUCUCCUGGUUUUAUUUGCUCCUGUGGUUUGGCUGUAUGUUCUUAUUAGGCCAGAAAUCACUGACAGGGGCUGCAGGUACCCCUCUGGCACAUGAAGUGGUGCUCUGCAAAUAAAAACUGACAUACAAGCAUUUGAAGCUGAAUUGAACAUUUGAAGCUGUAUUGUCUCACUGACACCAGCAACAAGUAAUACGUAAUAUUUUUUUUUUUUUUAAUCAAGAGAUCUCUGUGAUGGGUUUUUCUCCUUCCUGAGAAGGAAUGGUAAUGAUUUACUAACACUUGGUUUGCCCUCUUGCCUCUUUCUACUUUCUGAACACUAAAAAUGCAACAGCCAAAUUCUUGGCAGCUGCUGUAGAGAUGAGCAGAACUAAAGGGGAGCUGCUGGUCUGUCUUGUAACAGCCCAGGUACUGGAUGGGGCUUCUGCACAGGGUAUUUUGGAAAGGUGCAAUAUGUUAUAUAUUGGGUGGAUUUCUAAUGUAUUAUGAUUUUUUAAAAAAACAAAAUUAUUUUUAUAAGGGGGGAAAUGGCACAGUCACUUUUUGAUAGCUUUAUGCUAUAUAUAUCUCUCUACUUUUUUAUACUGUUUUUCCAAAAGAUUUUUAUUGGCAGAAUAUUUUGUUACAGUCUUUCAGUCAAUGUUCUGAAUGAGCUGGGGUGGGUAGGGAUGAUGCCUUAUGUUGCAAACAGUUCUCAAAAGACCUGGAGGGCCUCUUACACCUCUCACAGGAAAAAUUGCAGUCACAGCUCAUCUUAUUUGAUAUAAAGACAGACUCUGCUCCCUGUGCUGCACUGAAACCACUGAUGUGACCUGAUGGAAAACUGAGUGUGUGGAGACAGUGGCUGUUUGUGAAUGAAUUGGCCUCAAGCUGAGAUGUGAGAGGAGCUUGUCUGUGGUGUUGCUGUAUCACACUUGAAUCUGUUUUCCCACUGACUAUUCUUGUAUGGAACUUCUCAAUAAAGUGAUUUCAGACUUA